UUUGGUUACCACCACGCGAAGAUCAUUACAUCAGGGUCAUAUGACAGCACACACUUUCUCUUUCCUUAAAUACGUUAUGUGUUUUAAUCUAAUGAUAACCAAGAGUGCGUGAGUGAGAAUAUACGGUAAAUAGUCUAUUUUUCUUGCAUCUUCUGAAAUGGAUUGCCGUUUUUUGGUACUGACCGUCUUCCUCGCUUUGCUGUCAACAGCCUUCGCACAAUUCGAGAUAGUCCGUGACCUCAUCGAGUUCAACGUAGCCGGACAUCCGGUGCUUCACAAGGACCAAAAGUGGCCGUUCGAUCCGGAAAUAGGCAAGAGAAGAUCCAGGCAGUACCAAGAGCUUAACGGGGUACUUGGUGAAAAGGCCAUCGAACGACUGGGACUCGGAAUUGACGGAUACGAUAGAGAGAGGCUCGCCAAGCAAAGAGCCAGGGACGAAGGACAUUUGAACGGUGUGGAUUACUUGACACCUUGAGUUAUGCACUAUGUUAAUAUAUUUUAAGAUCUGA